AUGAAUCCUCUAAAGAUGUUGACCAGGUCACAUACUGUUGCACUGCCCACUGAUGAGAAUAAGGUGCCCGGUAAGACCAUGGUCUUGGAGAAGAAGUCCCUCAAGACUGCACGUGGUGCACUAUCUGAGAUCACAAACAACACAAUCAUCCCCACGGGCAAGUCCAGCAAGUCCAUCCUCACUACCACGACUAUCAUGCCAAAGAUCACUAGAGCCAGGACUGAUAUGACUGGAAUGAGAGCUGCCAAUCCAAUACUCGCCACCGCUGCCAAUAUGAUCAGCCAACAACCACAAAAGUUCCAAAAGUUGGAGACGAACCGUGAGCAACCAAUGUUGAUCGAUGAGUAUAUGGAGGAUGAUGACACCAUACUCCACGACGACGUCCCAAUGGUUGAGCCAGAGCAGCCCGAGAACAUUGACCUCUACGAUGCCCACGAUCCCCAAUGUGUCGGUGAAUACGUCAACGACAUCUUUGCCUACUAUCGCCAAAAAGAGAUUAUUGAUAAAGUAAGUCCAACUUACUUGAAGGACCAAUAUCACAUCAAUGAGAAGAUGAGAGCUAUAUUGGUGGACUGGAUGAUGGCCGUGCACGUCCGCUUCAAGAUGCUGUCCGAGACAUUCUUUUUGUCGGUCAACAUUGUGGACCGCUACUUGGAGCUCGUCCAGAUCCCGAUAAACAAGCUGCAGAUCGUGGGCAUCACCUCGAUGCUGCUGGCGGCCAAGUACGAGGAGAUCUACUCGCCCCAGAUCAACGACUUUAUCCAGACGUCGGACAACGCCUGCUCGCAUGCCGACGUGCUCGCCAUGGAGCGCUCGAUCCUCUCGACGCUCAAGUUCCACUGCUCGACCGUGACGCCGCUGCACUUUUUGCGCCGCUUCUCCAAGGCCGCCGGCAGCGACAGCCGCACCCACUCGCUGAGUAAAUACCUGAGCGAGAUGUCCACCGUCGAGUACAAGCUGCUCAAGUACGCGCCAUCCAUGAUCGCCGCCGCCUCCAUAUACGUAGCCCGUCGCAUGACCCUCAAGUGCGGCCCCUACUGGAACGUGACGCUCGAGUACUACACCUGCUACAAGGAAUGUGACAUCAUUGCCUGUGCGCAAGAGAUCAAUGAAGUCAGGAAGCGCGAGGACACCACCUCGCUCAAGGCCACCAAGAAGAAGUACCAAUCGCCCAAGCUUAUGGAGGUGGCUUUGAUCCCUCCAGUUGACUUCUGA